AUACAAUGAACAUAUUCAUAUACUCUCUUUUCAUAGUUCUAGUCUUUUGUGGAUAAGAGUAAGGUACUUUCCUAUAAGAAUAAAGUACAACUCCAUAAGAGAAUAAACUUUAUACUAUUAAGUUAAAGGAAACUCACACAAUUGUAUUCAAUUUACUAUUACAAAAAAUAGGUAUCAGCUAAGGAAAUGUAUGAUUUUUUAACAACAAAAUAAACCUACUUCAGAUAAUAAACGCCAAUUAAUGUUUAGGAAAUUGAAUUUGGAGGUUAUGUACCAAAACCACAAUAGAAUACCGAAAAGAGGUAGGCAGAUCUUAAAUUACAUAAUUUCAAGAAUACUUAAUUUACUGGUCCUAUUACUUUAGGUGAUCAGGAAUUCUAAGUUAUUUUCGAUACAGGAUCUGCUAAUUUUUGGAUAGAUUCAAUAAAAUGCAAAAAUGAAGGAUGUAAAGCACAUCAACAAUAUAAGCCAAGUGCUAGAUCUAAACAUCUUGGUUAUGCUUUGAAUGUUUAAUUCGGCACAGGGGAUUUGAAUGGAGAAGUGAAUUCAGAUGUUGUAAAAUUAGGAGAUAUUGAAAUUGAUGAUCAAAAUAUUGCUGAAAUAAUUGAAGAAAACGGAUCUGUAUUCUAAAAUGUAUUUCUAUUAUAUUAUCAUUUAAGUCUGGAUUUGAUGGUAUUGUUGGUUUAGCCUACCCUUCUAUGGCUGCCUAUAACUUAAAUCCUUUAUUCGAUAAUAUUAUGAAAUAAAAGAAAUUAUAAUCUAACUAAUUUUCAUUUUUCAUGAGUAACAAGGUUAAUAGUUAUGAAUCAUAACUUACAUUUGGUGGUUAUGAUACAACUAAACUUGAUGGUCCUGUUCAUUAUCAUCCUGUUAUUGAUAAAUACUAUUGGAUGAUUAAGGCUGAAAAUAUCCUUGUUAAUGGUUAAGAUUAAGGAUUCUGUCCUAAAGGAUGCAGAGUUGUUGCUGAUACUGGUACUUCCCUUAUUACUGGUCCAUAUGAUGAUUUAAUGAAACUUUUAGGUAUCUUAAAUUUAAUAUUAUUCAUUUUAGAUCUUACCAAUAUUGAUGAUAAUUGUUCAAAUUUGAAAUAAUUGCCUACCCUUACAUUCAAAAUUGAUGGAGUUAAUUAUGAUCUUGAAGCUAAAGAUUAUAUUAUGGAAUUGAAAGAUGAUGGAACUGAAAUUCCACUUAGUAAUGAAGUUUCUGCUUCUGCCUUUAUAGAGGGAUCUGCUAAAUAAUGCAUAGGAGCAUUUAUGCCUUUAGACAUUCCAGAUCCAUAAGGACCAGCAUGGAUUUUAGGAGAUAUCUUCCUUACAAAAUACUUAAGCAUUUAUGAUAGAGAUAUGAAUAUGGUUGGAUUUGGAAAAGCUAAACAUUGAUAAAUUAAUAUUAAUCUG